UAUUGGUGGCAAUCCGCCUGAAUUCCUGCAGCUGCAAUUGCCCCAUGGAGCACUCACCUUCAAACAAAAUGACCCUCCUUCUCCUCCUCCUCCUCCUCCUUGGAUGCACGCACCACGGUCAGGCGAACAUGUACUCCGGCCAUCCCAAGAUCGACUCCAUCUUCAGCUUCGGCAACUCGUACUCCGACACCGGCAACUUCGUCAAGCUGGCGGCGCCGGUGAUUCCCGUCAUCGCUUUCAACAACCUCCCCUACGGCGAGACCUUCUUCGGCCACCCCACCGGCCGUGCCUCCGACGGCCGCCUCAACGUCGACUUCAUCGCUGAGGACUUUGGAGUCCCCUUGCUCCCCCCGUACCUUGGCGAGUCCAAGAACUUCAGCCAUGGCGCCAACUUCGCCGUCGUCGGCGCCACAGCGCUCGACCUCGCCUUCUUCCAGAAGAACAACAUCACCAGCGUGCCCCCGUUCAACACCUCAUUGAGCGUGCAGGUCGAGUGGUUCCACAAGCUCAAGCCUACCUUGUGCUCGACGACCCAAGGUUGCAGAGAUUACUUCGAGAGAUCGCUCUUCUUCAUGGGCGAGUUCGGCGGCAACGACUACGUCUUCCUCUUGGCCGCCGGCAAGACCGUCGACGAGGCCAUGUCGUACGUGCCAAAGGUCGUCGGAGUUAUCUCUGCCGGCGUCGAGGCGGUGAUCGAGGAGGGAGCCAGGUACGUGGUGGUGCCGGGUCAGCUGCCGACGGGGUGCCUCCCGAUCAUCCUCACGCUGUACGCGAGCGCGAACGCGACGGACUACGAGUCCGGCGCCGGCUGCCUGAGGCGGUUCAACGAGCUCGCACGCUACCACAACGCGGCGCUGUUCGCGGCGGUGUCGCUGCUCCGGGGCAAGCACCCGUCGGCCGCCAUCGUCUUCGCCGACUACUACCAGCCGGUGAUCGAGUUCGUGCGAAUGCCAGAAAAUUUCGGGUUCAGUCGCUCGUCGAGGCUCCGGGCGUGCUGCGGCGGCGGGGGGCGGUACAACUACAACGCGACGGCGGCGUGCGGCCUCGCCGGCGCGACGGCGUGCCCGGACCCCGCCGCGUCGAUCAACUGGGACGGCGUCCACCUGACGGAGGCGGCCUACGGCCGCAUCGCCGCCGGCUGGCUGCGCGGCCCGUACGCGCAGCCGCCCAUCCUCGCGGCCGUGCGCCCGUAGCGACGACGUGACUGCGUCUCACGUGUAUACGUACGUAGUUGAGUCCACGUCGUGGAGAUUCGUGCGGAUUCGUUUCGUCCUUUGAUUGGUUUAUACUGGAAUGGUAAUGCAAAUUAGAGACGCACUUAGUUAAUGCAGUGGUAAGAAAUAUGUGGUUUCAACUAGGAAAUCUCGUGGUUUUUUUUUAAAAAAGAAUGUUUGGAGGAACGCCUCUCUCUUUAAAUCUUGUUUUUUUUAUUGUAAACUAUUAAAGUGGGCCAUGAUGCAUUAUGACUUA